AUGGUCCAAUCUUCACUCCAGUUUGGGAGAUUGCCAUCAGAAGACCCAAACAUGCACCUCUUCAACUUCGAAGAGCUUUGCCAGACAUUCAAGAUGAACGGAGUUAGCGAUGACGCCAUCAGGCUGAGGCUGUUCCCAUUCUCACUAAGGGAGCGAGCCAAGACCUGGGAGAGAUUCAAGGAUUUAUUGAGGAAGUGUCCAAACCAUGGGAUUGGAAGGUGGUUACAAGUGCGUAACUUCUAUACUCGAUUAAUGAGUAACAGCCAAACAUUGAUAGAUGUCGCAGCUGGUGGGACUUUUACGAGAAAAAGUACUAAUGAGGCCUUUGAAUUACUUGAAGAGAUGGCCAUAACUAAUCAACAAUGGUCAACAGAGAGAGGUCCAACUAAAAAGGUUGUGGGAAUUCAUGAAGUUGAUGCAAUAACCAAGUUGACAACCCAGGUAGAGGCAUUGACAAAGCUGUUGGUUGCUCAAAACACUAACAGAGCUCAAGAUAACUUGCCUAGCACUACUGAAGUAAAUCCAAAGGAGAACUGUAAUGCAAUUACCUUGAGAAGUGGUGAGACCUAUGCUGGGCAAAACAAAGACAAGCUUAAGGAGGAAGAUGAUGUAGAGACAACAGCGACACAACUAAAGGAGAAGACUACUGAUGGUCUUCCACAAAAAGGAACUCCACCUCCCAUCAGCAUUGACCAUCACAUUAAAAUUCACUAUCCUCAAAGACUUCACAAGAACAAGAUGGAUAAGCAGUUUUCAAAAUACCUUGAAAUAUUCAAGAAACUACAUAUCAACAUCCCAUUCAUAGAGGCUUUGAAACAGAUGCCAACUAACCUGAAGUUCCUGAAAGAUAUUCUAUCCAAUAAAAGGAAGUUAGAAGAAUUUGAGAUGGUGGCACUUACUGAAGAGUGUAGCACAGUCUUGCAAAUGAAACUACCACCCAAGCUAAAAGGUCCGGGUAGUUUCAACAUCCCAUGUUCAAUAGGGGGUUCAAUACAAACAAAAGCUGUAUGUGAUAUGGGAGUCAGUAUCAACUUAAUGCCCCUAUCUAUGUUCAAAAGAUUAAAAUUAGGAGAAGCCAAGCCCACAACAAUCACUUUACACAUGGUAGAUCGUUCUUUGACUCAUCCUCGGGGUAUGAUUGAAGAUAUUUUGGUAAAGGUUGGUAAGUUCAUCUUCCCUGCUGAUUUCCUUGACAUGGAAGAAGAUGAGAAUAUUCCUAUCAUUUUGGGGAGACCAUUCCUAGCAACGGGGAGAGCAUUAAUAGAUGUGCAGAAGGGGGAGUUAAAGUUGUGUGUUCAAAAAGAAGAAGAAACUUUCAAGGUAUUUGUCGCAACUGAAAUCCUUACUUGUUGUCGAAUGGAAGUUGUAAAGGAUGGUCGAGAAAUCACUACUAACAAGAAGAAAGGGAAGUCUAAAGAACACUUUCGAACUUUUUGA